GUGCUCUCAGCGGAAGUGAGUACCACGCUAAGCGUGGGUGGGAUGGCAGCAGGCCGGCUCUUUUUAAGUCGGCUUCGCGCACUCUUCAGUACUAUGGCCCAGAACCUUCUUGAGGGCGUGCCCUCCUCCAGGGGCCUCCACGCGGGGCACAAGCCCCGAAGGCUGUCCAUCGAAGGCAACAUUGCUGUGGGGAAGUCCACCUUUGUGAAGUUACUCACGAAAAUGUACCCAGAGUGGCAUGUAGCUACAGAACCUGUAGCAGCAUGGCGGGAUAUCCAGGCUGCUGGCACCCAAAAAAGUUUGGGAAACUUGCUAGACAUGAUGUACCAGGAUCCAGCACGAUGGUCCUACAUAUUUCAGACUUUUUCCUUUAUGAGCCGCCUGAAAGUACAGCUGGAGCCCUUCCCUGAGAAACUCGUGCAGGCCAAGAAGCCCGUACAGAUCUUUGAGAGAUCUGUGUACAGUGACAGGUAUAUCUUUGCAAAGAAUCUUUUUGAAAAUGGUUCCCUCAGUGACAUCGAAUGGCACAUCUAUCAGGACUGGCAUACUUUUCUCCUGCAGGAGUUUGCCAGUCGGCUCUCGAUACAUGGCUUCAUCUACCUCCAGGCUACUCCCCAGGUUUGUUUGAAGAGACUGCACCAGAGGGCCAGGGAGGAAGAGAAAGGAAUUGAGCUGACCUAUCUUGAGCAACUUCAUGAUCAGCACGAAGCCUGGCUUAUUCACAAGACAACCAAGCUGCACUUUGAGGCUCUGCUGAACAUUCCAGUUCUGGUGUUGGAUGUCAAUGAUGAUUUUUCUGAAGAAGUAACGAAACAAGAAGAACUCAUGAAGAAGGUAAACACCUUUAUAAAGAAUCUGUAACCAAUUCUCAGAUGUUCUGGCUGUGAACUGGGCUUCUCUGACUUUCUGAAGCUAGAAAAUGUUAAACCUCCCACCCACCUUUCCAUCCCCAUCCCAUUUUGCCCCUCAAGCACUCUUGACACACAGGGGUGUGUUUAUGCUGUCUUUAGUUUUUGCCAUUAUAUAUAUAUGUAUCAAGGAUUUUGAAAAUAAAGUUGAUUGA